AUGGUCGACGCGAGCCUCGUCGUGCAGAUCGUCGCGAGCCUCUCGUCCUUGUACUUGCUGCUGAGUCCGAUCUCGCUCCUGCGCCAGAUCUCGGUGGCGAAAACGACGGGCAGCCACGGCGUCGCGCCGCUGCUCUGGAUGCACAUCGCCUAUGUCGUCUGGCUUCUCUACAGCCUCUGCGUCGGCGUCUUCUUCCCGUACAUCUCGACCAACAUGAUUAGCGCGCCCGUGAGCGUCGUCUACCUCGUUCUCUUUUACAAGCACAGCGCCGAGAAGACCCGACUGCGUCGAGUGUAUGGCGCGACUACCGGCGGUCUCGCUACCCUCGCGGCCUACGUCGCGCUCUCGAGCGAGCCGUGGGACGCCGUGACGCGCCACGUCGGCGUCGUGGCCAUCGUGUGCGCGGCAGUCAUGGUCGCCGCGCCGCUCUCGGUGCUCCGCGACGUCGUGCGCACGCGGAGCAGCGCGCUCUUGCCGCGCAGGAUCAUGCUCGCGACGCUCGUGAGCAACGGCGCGUGGUUGCUGACGGGCCUCUUUCACGCGGACAUGAUCAUCGUCAUACCCAACGCGUUCAACCUCGGCCUCGGCCUGCUCCAGAUGACGCUCUUCCUCUGGUACCCACAUUGA